AUGGCUAUCACGCGAUACAACCAGCGCCCAGAUAUUUUUCUCACUAUGACUGCAAAUCCCAAUUGGCUAGAAAUUACUUCAGCAUUAUUACCACACCAAAAAGCUAUUGAUCGUCCGAAUUUGAUUGCCCGUGUUUUUGAGCUAAAAAGAAAGUGUUUGAUGAAGAAGAUAGAGACAAACAAAGUGUUCAGUAAUAAAGUUGCACAUGUUUUUACAAUUGAAUUCCAAAAACGAGGCCUACCACAUGUGCAUGCGCUUCUCUUUCUUAAAGGUCCAGACAAAAUUCGAACAUGUGCUAAAGUAGACAAAUUAGUUUGUGUAGAAUUUUCAGAUCCAAAAGAUGAUCCUACACUUUUUGAAACUGUCAAGUGUUGCAUGGUACAUGGACCAUGUGGUGCUCAAAAUCCCCAAGCACCAUGUAUGGAAAAUGGUAGAUGUACUAAGAAAUACCGUCGAGCCUUUGAAGGAUCAACAACUAUGGACCAAGAUGGAUAUCCAAUCUAUCGUCGUCGCAAUAGUGGUCAAGUAUAUACUGUGAGAGGACAGGAAGUUGAUAACAGGGAUGUGGUACCAUACAAUGCAUAUCUUUUUAAACGGUUCAACUGUCAUAUAAAUGUAGAAGUUUGUGCUGGAGUGAGAUGUGUUAAGUAUAUUGGACCACCAGAAGCUGCUUGGCGAAUAUUCAAUCAUCAUUUGCAUGCAGAGAUGCUAACAGUUGUUCGCUUGGCACUUCAUCUACCUGGAAUGCAUCGUGUUCUUUUCAAUCCUAAUGACUCAUUGGAAAUGAUUCUUUCUAGAGCUGCACAACAAAAAUCGACUCUUACUGGUUUUUUUGAUUAUUGUGCUUCCAAUGAAAAUGAAUGCCAAUUCACUUACCAAGAAUUUCCGCAACAUUUUGUUUGGCUCAAGUCAGAACAUAGAUGGAAACCAAGAGAACAUGGAUAUGCAAUUGGUAGAAUGUACUUUGCUAGCCCUAACUGUGGUGAAAGAUUUUAUCUGCGUUUGUUGUUAACUAUUGUCAAAGGGCCAAGAUCGUUUCAAUGUUUACGUACAGUUAACAAUGUUUUGCAUGAGACGUUUAAAUCAGUAUGUGUUGCAAGAGGACUCUUAGAAGAUGAUAAAGAAUGGAUACAGUGCUUGAAAGCGGCUGCAGUUAUGAAAACCGGAUAUCAAUUGAGGAGAUUGUUUUAUUAUGGUUUGUAUCUUUUGAAUCAAAUGCUUCAAGAAUCAGGAAAGAGUUUAAUUGACUUCCCGCCCAUGCCACAACCUACAGCAAAUUGGAGUGCAACAGUUGGUAACCGAUUGAUAUUCGAACAUCGACAACUACAUAAUGAGGCACAACAGACAUAUGUGCAAAUUACUAUUGAUCGCCUCAAUAAUGGACAACGAACUGCUUAUAACACAAUCACUUCUUCAGUCUUUGAAAGUAAAGGGACUAUUUUUUUUUUGAAUGGCGGUGCCAGAACAGGGAAAACAUUUUUGUACAAUACAAUUGCAUUAAAAUGUCGCAGCCUUGGCCAUAUUGUUGUUACCGUGGCUUCAUCUGGAAUUGCAUCAUUGCUAUUAGUAGGAGGUCGCACUGCACAUUCAACAUUUUCCAUUCCAUUGGAUGUCUUGAAAAAUUCAGUUUGUGGAUUUAGCAAGCAAUCAUUACAGGCUGAAUUGUUUAGAGAAACAAAACUCAUAAUUUGGGAUGAAGUUCCUAUGCAACAUAGACAUUGUGUUGAGGCGGUUGAUCACACACUUGGAGAUAUUUGUGAUUGUGAAAAGCCAUUUGGGGAUAUCACUGUUGUUCUUGGUGGAGACUUUCGACAAAUCUUACCAGUUAUAACCAAAGGAGUUUGUGAGCAAAUUGUUGGAACCAAUCCACAAGAAAUCAUUAAAAUUCCAUCAACAAUACACAAAUGCCAGGAUCUAAAGGAAUUACUCUCAGCAGUUUAUCCACAAUUGGAUGUGGCAGAUACAUCAACCCCAUCAUUCUUAACGGAACGUACAAUUCUUUCUGCACGAAAUGAUGAUGUCAGUGCUAUCAAUAUUGCUGCGUUGAAUAUUUUUCCAGGGAAUACAUAUACGUAUCUUGCUGCAGAUAAGAUGGUUGAAGAUGAUGAAAUUGAUCAUUCCAUUACAAACAGAUAUCCUAAUGAGUUUUUAAAUUCAUUGGAUCCUCCUGGGCUACCAACUUUUAAGGUAGAGUUGAAAGUGGGUUAUCCUAUAAUGUUAUUAAGAAACAUUGCACCGAAAGAUGGACUGUGUAAUGGCACAAGAUUGAUGGUAUCAAGGUGCGACACUCGCAUAAUUGAAGCUCGAAUCUUAACUGGAGAGAAGUUUGGCAAUUUGGCAUUUAUACCAAGGAUAUCAUUGACUCCGUCUUCUGCAGAAAUGCCUUUACGAAUGACAAGACGUCAAUUUCCAGUUUGA